GAGCGGGUUCGCCUGGCAGGCGACCUCGGCCGGCUUUUCUCCCUCCAGCGGUGCAUCUUCGGCGAGCUCCUCCUCCGAGCCCGCUCCGUCAGUGGGGCUCCAUCCCCCUUCCCCACGUAUGGUCCUGCCAUUUCCAACCGGGGAGUUGGCGAAAGGCUGGAGCCACCAUGGGCUCCAGGUCGCCGGCAGCUUGGGAGAAGCUACACCCACGGGAGCCGAUGGGCCUCGAACUCCCGCCGUUCUUGUUCGGUACCAUUGCAAGGGGAGCCGUAAAUUGAGCUUUUCUUACGAGGGUUCCUGCCGAGUGCUUUCCCACGCCCACUUCCCGCUUAGGAGAGGCUCUGUUUAGCCAGCGCUUGUCAGGCGUUAGGUUAGGUUGUAUUGUAGGGAGGAGUGCAAGACCAUGAUGGUUGUCUCAGGAGAAAGUGGUUGCAUCUUUGCAAAACUAUUUACCUGCUGUGGUUUGUGUUUCCUUUUCCUACUGAAGGAAUGAAGUUGUAAGUUCACACUGGCACAUUCGCAGGGCUGUGCAAAUUCUUUGCACUGUAUUUCAUAGGUGAAAACGUGCUUUUUAGCUUUCUUUGUGUAUUGAGUUGCUUUUGAAUUGCUUCCCAUAUUUUUAUUUCAUACAAACUGAACAAUUGUGGCCCCUCUAUUUUAUUUAUAAAGGUUCAGUGUAUCUUUGCCUGCCUACAUCAAUCUGCAAGGGAGUUGCAGAAAAGCCUCAUGUUCAUCGAGCCGUGAGUCACAACCAAUUUCUAAGCUGUUAUAACAAAAAAGUGUUUGCUUUUUUUCACAAGUAUCUUUAAAAGUGUAGUUUAGAAAGAGAGCAUUUUCAAUAAGAAGACACUACAUUAAUCCUGGAUGCUUGCAAAUCCUAAGAUAUAUUCCUCCUCUAGUAUUACACAGCUCUGUGUCCUAUACACAGAUUAGCUUUAAAAUUUGUCACAUUCCACUUUGCCUUUACUUUUAUGUAUCAUUCCCCUGACUUCCUUACUGCAGGUUGGGCAAGAAAACUUUUCCUUUAAAACUUUUCAACAGCGGGCAUAAAAUUCUGCAGCUGAGGUCUUGAAGAAUGCAGAUGGGAGAUGAAACCAGACAGAGGGUGAAGUUUACAGAUGACCGAGUCUGCAAGAGUCACCUUCUGGACUGCUGCCCUCAUGACAUCCUGGCUGGGACGCGCAUGGAUUUAGGAGAAUGUACCAAAAUCCACGACUUGGCCCUCCGAGCAGAUUAUGAAAUCGCAAGUAAAGAAAGGGACCUGUUUUUUGAAUUGGAUGCGAUGGAUCACUUGGAGUCCUUUAUCGCUGAGUGUGAUCGGAGAACUGAACUUGCCAAGAAGCGGCUGGCAGAGACACAGGAGGAGAUCAGUGCAGAAGUUUCUGCAAAGGCAGAAAAAGUACAUGAGUUGAAUGAAGAAAUAGGAAAACUUCUUGCUAAAGCUGAGCAGCUGGGAGCAGAAGGAAAUGUGGAUGAAUCCCAGAAAAUUCUUAUGGAAGUGGAGAAAGUCCGUGCAAAGAAAAAAGAAGCUGAGGAAGAAUACAGAAAUUCUAUGCCUGCAUCCAGUUUUCAACAGCAGAAGUUGCGUGUCUGUGAAGUCUGCUCAGCCUACCUUGGUCUCCAUGACAAUGACCGUCGUCUUGCAGACCACUUUGGGGGCAAAUUGCACUUGGGGUUCAUUCAGAUCCGAGAGAAGCUUGAUCAGUUGAGGAAAACUGUGGCUGAAAAACAGGAGAAGAGAAACCAGGAUCGCUUGAGGAGGAGAGAAGAGAGGGAACGGGAGGAGCGGCUGAGCAGGAGGUCUGGAUCAAGAACCAGAGAUCGCAGGAGGUCACGUUCCCGGGACCGGCGUCGGAGGCGGUCAAGAUCUACCUCCAGAGAACGACGAAAGCCUUCCAGGUCCCGGUCCCGAGACAGACACCGGCGUCACCGCAGUCGUUCCCGGAGUCACAGCCGGGGCCACCGCCGGACUUCCAGGGACCGGAGUGCGAAAUACAAGUUCUCCAGAGAGCGGGCGUCGAGGGAGGAGUCCUGGGAGCGAGGUCGGAGCGAGCGUGGGGCCACUGACUGGAGGCUUGAAAGCUCCAAUGGGAAGACAUCGGAGGAGAAGGAGGCUGGAGAGAUCUGAACCUAUGCCUGGGCGCUGUAAAUAGUCUGAUCAAUGUUGGACACAGCCUGAAGUUACCCUUUAUAUUUGCUGAAUACAACUCAUCUUUUGUAGUUUAAAAUUUCUAUUGUUUUGGAGCUAGCUGUGAGUUUCUAGAGAUGUACAGAAUUACUCCUGUGUUCUGCGGUUAUGUUGAGUAGGAAUAAAUAAAUCUGACUGACUGCCUCCUGAAUGCUGCAA